CGCCAAUCGGGUGAAAGCUGCUGUUGGCCGUGUCUGUGAUCGGCGUGAUUGGUCACGUGGCUAGACAGGUGAUUGGGUUUCGGCACACACAGGCUGCGUCGCUUUCACGCGCCAAGGUCGUUGGAGGUGGCGGACGCAUCAACCCGGUUCGUGGUCGAUGAACAGUGUCCUUGAUUGCGCUAGCUACCGAGUGGAUUACGUCGGCUGUGGUGUCUGCUGCGGACGUAGGUUGCCAACCCCAUGAAAGAGAUCAAUCUGGCGUCUUUGGACAGUUCCAGUCAAGCUAGUCUCAUUAUCCCACACUCCACUCUCGCCCGACAAGCUAGCCUACACACAUCUUACGGGUCUCCACAGACUACGAUUCAUAGCCCUGGAGGGGCACCAAUCCACAAUCAAUGUCACUAUCGGUUGCGCACAGCGUUGCUCGACUCAUGCGGUCAACACAAUUCUACUCAUGUGGUCCACACACUGGGCGAUCGAAACGAUUUCGUCCACAACUCACAAGACUGUGUUCCAGCACUGGCCAAAUGGAUAUUUGUCAACCCCGGAAGGACUGAGUGUUCAACUACCCUUGCAACUUUAUCCCAUUUAAGCGCCAAUUUGUCUCACACUCAAACCGUCUCGCCGUCUGACUUGAAGAGCGUUUCUUCAACCUCAGCUUCCUCGUUAGAUAUGGUUGAGUCGGUUGUCAGGUCAUCAGCGGCGCUUCACUUGGGCGGAUCGUCAUUGUCGUCAUGUGUUACCACAGGGCCUCUAGCUGCGUCACAGAUCCAACCCUUGUCCAGUGAGAUUUUUCCUUACUCCAAUUGCGCGUACGUAAACUCCCAGAGUCAACCACAAUCAUCAGAAGUUCGUCUUAGACGAGCCUCUCUCCCUGUGAGCCCGUGUCGACUUCCAAUGAAGAAACGGAAAUUCGACUGGAGUCGCAUAAACGCGACAUCGGACGAGUCGAAUCAGGCUGCUAUCCCGCCCAACUCCAUCGUACGCUCCUACUCCGCUUCUCCGUCCUGCGCUUUCGAUUCACCACCUUGCGAUUUCCCAGCUGAUUGUGCCCACCUUUCCCCUGUUCCUAAUUAUCAGCUCUGUUCUCCUCAGGUCCACGGCAUACAUGAUCCAAAGACUAUCAGCUGUACGUUCGGAGUGUCGCCGGUAUUGCCCCCAUCUUCCCUGGCAUAUUCUACCCAAGAUUGUCGUGCACACAACAUUCCUGCCUGUCCAACGCAACUGGUGUUCCCUGUGAACCAAGAUGAUAUUCUGGACACCACUGGCCAAGUGAAGCAAAUGCAUGGCAUACAAAUGCGCUCAUCGAGCAGCAGCAACCACAACAGUACAAGCAACCACGACAAGCGCCGUUUGGUCCACAUCGAUGCCGAGUUGAACUCCGAGGAGCGCACACCGACUGUGAAGCACACCAAAUCCAAACUUUGUCUGCUAGUCCGCAGCCUAACUUCCUCAUCCAACACAGCAAGUACUUGCACGGAUACAGAGCGCUUACAACCCACUUGCUCAGAUCAGCCUCACACUGUAAAACAAGCACAAAUCUACUCUUCUUUCCCUGUAAGUUCAAGUGCCAACCUAUCCGCGACCCUGUCUCUAACGUGCACCGAACGGAGCUCUGUCGAACCCCCCUCUACCCAGUCCGACACGUGCACAAAUAGGUUUCACCAGGAAACACAGGCAUUCCCGUUGCUUGCUACUUCGUCAUCUGCACUGGAUACUCGCUCACAAUCCACCCUCAUCCAUUCCAUCCACCAUGGACCUCAUGUGCGUGUUAGGACGUCUACCACGAAUGAGGGGAGCACUUUAGCCUUGAAUCUUGGUCACCUGUCAUCGGCUUCUUCUGCUUUCGGUGUCACUAUACAUACUCAUCAAAGUGCUCCACAGGAUACGAAGACGUCACCGUUCGAGCAUAUCUCCAGUCCGAACAGUGCGGUACGGCAGUCGCUUACUGAGCUGCAUGCCCUUCAGAAGAAUUCUUCUGACAUAAUUGCUCACCUUAACAGUACUCUCGUUGCCACGUCAUCGGUGAUGGAAGUCACAUCGCGAAAGCCGUUGUCGGCGCCAUCACAGCCAGAAACACCAACACCCAUGGCCCAUGUUGCACUGUCUGCAGCUGGAGCUAAGGCACCGUCACUGGAACAAACUUCAGUUGCCUUCUCGUUGCAUGCAGCAUCAGCAACGAAUGCCUUUCUCCAUUCGAACAAAUCACACGAUCAGGGACACAAACAUUCUGAAGACUUACCAUCGAACGCGCGAAUUCUCAUGACAUUCUCUCCAACUACGGGACACACCACUAACUUCCCGUUUAAACAAUCUGAUGAGAUAUCUGCUGAUGUAAAUCGACCGCUUACCCUGAACUCUGAACUCAAUACUAGUUCCUUUAUGCGUUCUUUGAACGGAUCGAAGUCUGGAUUCCCCUUGCUUUUGGUAUCCGCGUCCUCUUCUGCUGGAGCCGCGGCGUUAGCUGCUGCCGCUGCUUUAGCUUCGGGAGCACCACCGACCAGCCUUGUCCCCGUGCCUGUACAGUUAAUCACGUAUAUUCCUCAGACAACACGAAGUGCUCCACAGUCUCUUCCGUCACCUAGUGCAAAUCCGAAGGAGACGACGAACGAUCACCCUCUCAAUCAGCGUCUGGUCUUCUCACUUUGCAACCCUUAAAUCCACCGAUGAAUAAGCAUUCCCAGGGCCGGUCUCAUCCAAGGCUGUACAGGGAAUCACCGUUACACAACAGUCAUUUAGGAGCUGUGUGCGUCAACGUUGCUCCUCCUGACGUCACUGCUGUCUUUGCGGUUUCCUUGUCUCAUCCAGGAGCGUAGGAUAUUCCUAGUCUCAUUUUGACGUCUUUUGACUUUGUUGAUUUGGUUGAUUUUGUCUGCGUCCUCCUUCUCUUUGCUUGAGUAAAGAUGUAUCGGUCACUUCGCUUCGUUCAGGCUGCGUUUGAGGCAUGUCCACAUUAGGUUCCAAAUAGAACCGUUUGUAUGUGACAGAGUUUUUGGUUACUACACAGUAUCUCCUAACAUGUUCUUGUUCAUUGGUCUCUCUCGGGGUUUUUCUCUCCUCACUAGGUUGUCUGUUUUAAACAGGUGUCAUCUCACGGCACCUUGUAUAAUAUCCGUGCUUAUUCGUAUGCUUUGGACCGCUACUAUUUUACCCAUUUCCGUUUGCGUAGUGCAUCCUUGUUGUAUUUUGUGCAAUUAUGUCGUCUCCCCACCCUUUGUCCACUUUCCAUCUCUGACACGCGCUCUACACACACUAGAUGCAUUCAGCCUGCUCUUCAUGGACGACGAUGACACUGGCCAUGAAAAUGAACAUAGUAACACGUUGUAUGUGUUCGCUCUCCUCACCGCCGUAUUUUUACGUCACUGCGUCUCUCGCUUUCUUUGAAUCUCUCUAGUCAAUUGCAUUUCGCCUCUUUGCUGUCUGUUGACACAAUCCUCACUCGUAUUCGUCAUCGCACCGCUGCUGACUUAAAUAAAUGGCUGAAUACA